AUGGCGAGUGCGUUAAGCUGGAGACACCAUGUCAUGAUUCAAGCUCUGUUGUCGCGGGGCCCCCUUAGCGAGAAGGACUUGUACGCCAUGUUUGAAGACCUCACCAAGAAAAACCCAGGCAUUGAGCGGCAACUGUUCGAUGGUUUUAUUCUGAAAAUAAACAAGGCUCUUAGUUGUGCUGAUUUUGAGUUGCGUGCCUGCAUAGAUCAAUAUGAUGGCCAAGUUUAUUAUGGGGUGGUCAAUACUGUUUCAGACGAACAUUCCAAGUUAGGGACGAAGUAUAGUGUUCCUCAAAUUGCCUUCUAUAAGGCUAUUAUUGAAGCAAUAGUACAGGAUGCCUCUGCAAACGGUGUUAUCUUCAGCAUUCAUGCUCUCAAUCUUAGUUUGGAUAGCCAGAGUUUACUCAUAAUUCACAUAAACAAGGACUAUGCCAUUUGGAAAAUGCUUGCUUUGAGGCACUAUUUCCUUUUCCUUGUUCUGAAGCCCAAUAAAAAUGGUACAAUCAUAGGCUCGAAGACUGAAGCUUUCCUCAAGACUGGUGGUCUUGGUUCCAUAUCUGUAUUACUAUUAUUUGACCUGCAGUCCAUCAUCCCCCAAGUUACAAUUGUGACAGAUGCACAAUCUCAAGGAGGCCAGCCAAAUGUACCAUCUGCAUUGAAAAAUUUCAGUUUGUCUCAAAAGGAGAAAACCCUGCAUGAACUUGUGCGGGACCAGUGGCUUAAUUUGACAACAGAUGGUGUUAUUAAACUUGGUCUGAAGUCCUUUCUCGAUCUUCGCAGUUGGUUUCGAAAUAAUGAAGUUCCAUCCUGUCAUGUUUGCAAUGAAGCUGGAAUAAAGAUAGUAUUGGUUAUUCUUACGACAAUUGCUGCAUUGUUUGAAUCUGAUAAUUCAUUCGCCAAUGUCUGGCAGGCAGAGGUAUGCCAAAAUGAAAAUUGUACUGUGAGAAUCCAUCAGUACUGCCUGAAGCAACUUUUCUUGCAGAGAAAGGCUGCCAAAGUUUGCCCAAAUUGUGGCACAUCCUGGCCAUGUACAGUACCCAAGGAAGAGGCCUUCCUGAUUGAAGAUAACAAUGGACCUAGAGAAAACCAACGGAUGACUAGAUCUGAUCGAAAGAGGAAAAGUGCUAAUAGGGUUGUUGUUGAUGAUGAAGUUGGAUGCAGUAAUCAGGAUGAGCUGAAUGAAAAUAGAGAAACCCAGAAUGAUAAUGUAUUGGUACGAAAAAGAAGAGUAUGCCAAACAGAUGAUGCAGAUAUAGGAGGUUCUGGUAAAUCACAAUCUUCAGGAGCCAUUCCGGUGUUGAGAAGACGUCAAUAUUUAUACGAAGAGUACGGUAACAUUAUGUUGUCUACGUAUGUUUUAAAUAAGAUUCCUGAUUCAGGUGAAUAA